AACAGUUCCUGUUUUUUUUUUACAUUUCAUGAAAAUCCUCAUCUUCCUAUACUGUGCAGAAAUCCCCUUUGAAGUAUAACCGCAUGUUAGGGACUUAUACUCAACAAUGUAUGAAAGUCUUCACUUCAGUUCUGUUUCGUCAUCAGGAAGUGUAAGAUUUUCAAGUACUUGCUUAAUGUUUCGCCUAUGUUUUUCAGUGAAUAAUCAGACAACCAGUUCACUUGUCCAUUCACUAGUCCAUAUUUCACUGUGAGUAGUGAUGCUUUACAAUGCUGAACUAGCCAGCUUGAAAACUUGGACAGAGUUCUGAUCAGCUAGUGCUUGGCUAGCUGGACCAAGGCUACGAGAGAACAUUGUUCUGUUUUCUGGACAAGUGUGAAAUAAUAUUGAUCUGAAGUUUCAAUUCAAAAUGGAGAACAAAGGCACAGAGACGUAUACGGGUCAGGAGGUCAACAAAGGCCAACUGGAGGGUCAGGGGUCAUCAAAGAAAUGGAGUUUGAAGACGGAGAUUACUCGAGGGGUUGAUCCGAUGAAGAACCUGGUCGGAUAUUGCACUGAGAUAUCCGUCUUCUCUGAUGGUGACAUCAUCAUUGCAGACAACGGUCGUAGCGUGUUGGUCACUCUAAACGCCGAGGGUCAACUUCAUGAGGUCAAGUCGGCAAAAAACCAACCUGACACUGGUGACCUCACUGGAGUUACGGUCAACAAGGAAGACCAAAUACUCAUCCUGGAAAACCAAACGAUCAAGAUCUUCAGUCGGAGCGGCGAGUUCAUACGCGAGUUUACGACUAGCCUGAUGAAAACAUCGUAUGCUAUCCCAACAUGCAUUACAGUUGAUGAUGGCAAAGGUCAUAUAGCUGUUGGAGACGAGGUCAAUGGGGUGAUACACCUCUUUGACCCUGACGGCGCACACAUCGUAAGCAUCAUCGCUAAAAUGAUCGGGGACUACCUCACUGUCGGUAGCAAACAGAAUUUUCUGUACACCGAUUUCCAUGCAAGGAAACUACUGUCUAUUGACGAUCACGGUAAUGCGUUAUUCACUGUGAAUACAGUGGAUGAACACAAUAAGCCAAUCCAGCCGUGUGGUGUGUGCUGCGACAGCAACGGAGACAUCUACAUCUCCGCACAGACCGGCGCCAAGAUGGACCAAGGCGAGAUUCACCACUUUGACCCCGAGGGGAAGUACAAAGGUCGGGUCAUCAGCGGACUGAAAAACCCUUUUGGAAUUGCUUUCACACCUUCUGGUGGCCUCGUGGUGGCUGAUGGUCUCUCAGUGAAAAUAUUUUGCUAUAUGUGAUAUGACCCCCCGAAUAUCACUCUGAAACAUCGACUACUGCAAAGCCAUCUGUAGCUACAGGUUGUCAGAUUGCCAAACUACAACAAAUCCAAAACCACGCAGCCCACUUAAUAACUGGAUGUAGAAAAUUCAAACACAUCAUGCCCAUCCUUCAACAAUUCCAUUGCCUUUCCGUUUCUGACAGAAUCAAGUUCAAAAUAAUGCUCUUUGUCUGGAAAUGCCUUCACUCCUCAGCACCUGUCUAUCUCAACAACCUUCUCUCCAUUUAUCAUCGCGACAGCUGACUCCAUAAACUGUUUGACACAACAACACUUACUCCCACCAUCUGUAAGAAAGUGGUUGGUCAGGGUGCUUUUGGAUAUAGCGACCCCCCACCUAUGGAACAAACUCCCUCCAGAAAUCCGCUAGCCUGACUCAAUCAUGAAAUUCAAAAAAUUGUUCAGGGCCUUGAUCUAGUGUCUAGGAUAUGUGCGCUUUAUAAGAACUUUGUACAUGUAUUAUUAUUUU